AUGCCUCCGAGGCUGCGCUGGCUGUGGUGGUGGGCGCUGGUGUGCAGUAGCGGCUGCUGCUCGCCGCCGCCUGCGCUGCCUCUGCCGCCCGUCGCGGGGGCGCUGCUGGCGGGCGGCGGCGAGGGCGCGAGCAGAAGCCAAGAGCAGCCCCAGGCGCCAGUCUCCACCUCCUCCUCGUCGUCCCCGGCGGCGGGCUUCCUCUACCGGCGCCUCAAGUCUCACGAAAAGCGGGAGAUGCAGAAGGAAAUCCUCUCGGUGCUGGGCUUGCCGCACCGGCCCCGGCCGGCGCACGGCUUAGCGCGGCAGGACGAGCAAGGAGCGGCUCCCCUGCCGCCGACGCACCACCAGCGGAGGCAGCAGCAGCAGCAACAGUUGGUGCCCCCUCCGGGCAGGCUGAACUCGGCGCCGCUCUUCAUGCUGGAUCUGUACAAUACCCUCUCCAGCGAGGAGGAGGACGAAGAGGGGACGCAGGAACAGCAGCAGCAGCAGCAGCAGCAGAGCACCAGCGGCCGGGAACCCCCGACGGCGCACCCGCUGCAGCGGAAAACGCUCCUCAGUCACCACCCGGGAUCCUCCGGCGGCGGCAGCGGCGGCUCCCCAGCCUUGGCCACCUCGCAGGAUAGCGCCUUCCUCAGUGACGCGGACAUGGUCAUGAGCUUCGUCAACCUGGUUGAAUAUGACAAGGAGUUCACACCUUACCAGCGACACCACAAGGAAUUCAAGUUUAAUUUGUCUCGGAUUCCAGAAGGAGAGGCUGUUACCGCUGCCGAGUUCCGAAUCUACAAGGAUUGUGUUUUCGGAGGCUUUAAAAACCAAACCUUUCUGAUUAGCAUCUAUCAAGUAUUGAAAGAACAUCAGAACAGAGAUUCAGAUCUGUUUUUGCUGGACACCAGAGCAGUAUGGGCCUCCGAAGAAGGCUGGCUGGAGUUUGACAUCACUGCCACCAGCAACAUGUGGGUGAUAAACCCUCAGCAUAACUUGGGACUCCAGAUGAGUGUGGUGACCAGGGACGGUCUCGGUAUAAACCCUAGAGAAGCAGGACUAAUAGGUCGGGAUGGCCCUUAUGACAAACAGCCUUUCAUGGUGGCUUUUUUCAAAGUGAGUGAGGUUCACGUUCGGACGGCUAGGUCAGCCUCCAACAGGCGGAGGGAACAGAGUCGAAACCGCUCUACUCAGCCUCAAGAUGUUUCCAGGGUAUCCAGUAUCACAGAUUACAACAGCAGUGACCUAAAAACAGCUUGCAGAAAGCAUGAACUUUAUGUUAGCUUCCAAGACUUGGGAUGGCAGGACUGGAUAAUUGCACCCAAGGGCUAUCCGGCAAACUACUGCGAUGGAGAAUGUUCUUUCCCACUCAAUGCUCAUAUGAACGCCACCAACCAUGCCAUUGUGCAGACUUUGGUUCACCUAAUGAAUCCAGAGAACGUUCCUAAGCCAUGUUGUGCCCCUACGAAGCUGAACGCAAUAUCAGUUCUCUACUUUGAUGACAAUUCCAACGUUAUUUUGAAAAAAUACAGGAACAUGGUGGUAAGAGCUUGUGGAUGUCACUGACAAAAAGUUCUCUUCAGAAAGAUCUGGUGCGCCAUCCUAAAUAACUUCCAUCCAGUGCCUCAAAGGGAAAAACCUGAAGCUUCUAAGACUGUAUUUGUGCCUUAAGGAGGAUUUUCUUGGUUGUUGUUUGUUUUUAAGCAGAAGCAGGGGACUCCAAUGCUACUUGCCCUUUUAAAGUAUUUGCACAAUGGUAGCCUUUGGUUCUUCUAAUUUCUAAGUACACCAAAGAGGAUUAUAAAGUAUGGACCAUGGCUGAAGCAGCAAAGGUACAGACAAAAACCUGCGCGCGCUGUUUCAAUCUUCAAUUCUGUUUCUCUAAGCAGGCACCUGCCAAAUCCUGGUGGCGAUGCCCACAAGGAAAAAACAGAGGCUGUAGCUAAGAAAUGAAAUGCACUAUUCAAGGCAAAAAUCUCCAUUCUUACAUGUAGCCAAACCACGCUCUCCUUGCUUAAAUUUAAAGGCCUGCAAACUGUAGGUGAGAAGGUUGAUCGGCAAGGUAAGUGUCUGGUAUGAACUGCUGCACUUAGGUUUCUGCAACACACACUGUGUUAAAAGCAAGUUUUGUCCCUUGCCCUUCAACAGGGACAUAACUGGCAAUGUGCCCCUAUAGUUAUCACAAAAGGAAGUGUUCUAGAGGUUAAAUUGUCCCAUCAGGCUAACAGGAAGAAGCUUGUACAUUUGUUCUAAGGGCAAUUUCUAUGCUUACAUUCCACAGCUCUCCUCUUGCUAGUUUUGAUCCCUCCCCUCCUUUUGAAAGCCUGACUAAAGAGGAAAAAGAGGUGUGUGGGAAGGGGGGGGGAGGUAGAGGUUGUAGGGCAGACUAUGCAGGAGAACUGGCAGACGGCAAGUUACUCAGUCUCACUGACCCAAUUAAAAAGCACUCUUCAGAUUGUAAUCUGGUUGGUCAGGAAUAAACUUGCACCUCUCACUUCUGAAAAACAUGAAUUUAAAAUGUAUAUACAAUACUUAUUUCUAAUGUAAGAGAAAGGUUUCCCCAAGGCAAGGAAAAGUGCACUUCCCUUUGACUACUUUGCUCUUGUAAAUAAAUGAAAAUGAUAAUUUAUUGCAACUGUCCGAUAUAGUAAUUUUGAUGUACUAUUAGCAAGACCAAGAUUUUUUUUUGUAAAAAAAAGAUUUAUUCAGAAACUGUGUGUGUAAACAAUUGUACCACUUGAUUUUUACAGGAGUCAUGACUUGCAGUUCAGCCUGCUCAUGAGAUUGUGCUUCAUUAGGUUUUUAAAAGUCACCAUGUUGAAUAAAGGCUCCCUUUAAGGCAGAAA